GCACUGAGUUCCUAUUGGAUACAUUUCUGAUUGCGUCAAGAAACACGGAAGUGGGUCACUUGUGUUGACAAAAUGCUCGGGGACCUCCUUAUUUUCGGGACUUUACUUGUGAACGCGGGGGCUGUGUUGAAUUUCAAGCUAAAGAGGAAAGAGUCGCAGGGAUUUGGAGAUGAGUCCGGAGCACCAACAACAGGCGACAACAUCAGAGAGUUCCUGCUCAGCCUGCGAUACUUCAGGAUCUUCAUCGCCCUGUGGAACUUCUUCAUCAUGUUCUGCAUGGUCGUAUUGUUUGGAUCAUGAUCAGUAUUUGGGGCGACUGGACCUCCUCCUGAAAAUUAACUCCUCAAGAAAAACGCUACAAACAUCUCCUUGAUUACUUCUUUUUUGCKCCUUUUCAUUGCAAUAUUGCUCCGUUUUGUUUACAACCCAAUAAUUGUAAAUUUCUUUGAGGCUGGACUGGAGAUAAUGAAACCUGUUUAUUUUCUUCCAGAAGUUGUAAAUUUUUUACCUUCUCGUUGCAGCUGUAACUUUUCCCAUCUUUGCUGGUCGUCUGGUUCUUCUUCAGGAGUCCUACCUGUUUGUCUUCGACAUGUUAGAAAUGUUUCUUUUAUUUCUUCACAGCUGUCACUGAAGCUGGAUUCAGCAGAAGUGUUACUGUAAUUUCAGUUCUUUUCUUGUAGAAAAACACUCAGUUUUUAUCCAUCAGAUCUGUGCUGUUUUUCAAGUUUAAAACUCUUUAUGCAAAUUAAAUGAGCUGUAAUUAAAUAUAAGGUYUUCUCACUCUAAAUAAAGAAUAAAUUUUUCCCGUUAGGCAAA